CUCUUCUUUCCUCAGACCCCCCUCCUUCCCACCCACUUUCUCACCUCAAUAAAAUGCUCAACACUCCAUCCAAUGUGACUAUGCCGAGCCAACAACUACUCACUCAGAGCUCCGGGCACAUCGCUUCAGCAUCACAACUACCUCUCACUACUGACACUGAGCGCGACCUAUCACAUUCAGAGCAACCUCCCUCUAAUGUCCGUACCCAGCCACGGACCCAACCUGCCCAACCUCGGGAUCAAAGCUCGACAACAGAUUUCUUCCGUGUGGACUUUUUUGCUGGGCAGCAACAGCAACAACCGCAGUAACAACAGCGACAGCAGCAUGAGCAAGAACAACAGCUGCAGCAGAACGAGCAUCAACAGAAAGAGCAACAGCGCCAGCAACAACAACAGCAGUUACAGUUACAGCAACCGCGACAGCCCGAGCAGCAAGACCCCCAAAAAUGAAAACAAGACGAAAAUUCUUGUGGAGCUAAAGGAAAUCAACAUCAAAUUCACCCUGGAGCUCGAUGAUAAGCAACUUAAAAAUAAGAUCAUGAAUAUGGAGCUAUGCUGGAAAAAGGCCAAUGAUGAGUUCAGGAGGACUGAAAACGGCGACCUACCGGCAUCAACACUGAAGCAACGGGUUCUGAAGCUUUGCCACUACUACGAUAUCAUUUAUCGCGAUGCCUCAAGGUCGAUAAAGCUGAAUCCUCCCGAGGUGUGUCAGCUCAUUACCAACCUGUCUUACAAAAAGGCCGCAUGCGAUGCAAGCGAUGGUGGCGAGAGUGGGAGCAAUGACGAAGACGAGGCAAGGCCACAGGAAUUUAAAGCUCGAUCUCAGGAUCCAAAGAGAUCGAAGGGGCGUGGAAGAGAUGGGGUCGACAUGGUUGAGCUGAUAGAUACUCUGGUGAGCAAGUCAGAUCAGCAACGGGAAUGGAAGAGAAGUAUGGUGGAAGAACAGGAAAGGAGGGCGGCAGAGCAGCUGAAACUUGAUAAAAGGGUCGCAUAUGCUGAUGAAUUUCAGAAAAGGACACUGGACAUGCAGCAGCAGAUAGUGGAUAUAGACAUGAGGAUAAAGCACAUUCAAGAGCAGACGAUGAUGGCUGGGCUGGUGAAGGCACAGGCCGAGGCUCAGAAGGCAGUGAAAGAUGCGAAGAGGGCAGCGAAAGAGAGGAGGAAGGCUGCAGCAGAGGCGACGAUCAUGGAGGUCGAGGCCGAGAUGAAGAAGGCAGACAUGGAAAAUAGGAAGCGGAAGAUGAAGGCGGAGGAGGGUGCUCGCCGUGUUGAACGUGAAACACUUAGCCAACACUUUGAAAUCAAGAUUGUCACAACAAGAGAAAAAUCAACUACUCGUUAA